AUGGGCCUCGUCCGUAAACUCUUAUCUGGGAACCGGGUUGGCAUCGACUAUAUCUCUCCACAAUGGUUUGUCGACGUCGAAGACACAGCCCGUCUACACGUUGCCGCUGUUCUUGAUGGAAGGGUGAAAUCAGAACGCCUUUUCGCUUUUGCAACUCCAUAUAACUGGACAGAUAUUGUGGACAUUCUGCGCAAGGCCUUUCCUGUGAACAGUAGUAUCCCUCAACCCCCGGAGAAUGAACCGCGGGACCUCAGUCAGGUUGGUCCUUCUGUCAGGGCAGAGAGUCUAAUCAAGGAGUUUUGGGGCCGUGAUGGAUGGACGAGCUUGGAAGAAAGUAUCCUUGGCGGAACUGGGGACCUUGAAGGAUUUAGGGGGUAG